UCAGAGAGUUGUGCUCCAAGCCUCCAACUCAACAUUUCUUCAGUACUUUCCCCCACCAUUAAUUUUCUUCAAUGGAAAGGAAUCAGCUCAGACGCCAGGUUGCCGUUGUGAGGCAAUCUCUCUUUGAUCAGGGAUACCUUGAUGAACAAUUUAUUCAGCUAGAGGAAUUAGAGGAUAGUGAUAACCCUAAUUUCGUGGAGGAAGUUGUUACAUUGUUUUUCAGGGAUUCUGCCAGGUUGAUUGUUAACAUAGAGCAGUCAUUGGAAUGUAGUCCCCUCGAUUUCAAUAGGUUGGACAACUACAUGCACCAGUUCAAGGGUAGUAGCUCAAGCAUUGGAGCUUCAAAAGUGAAGAACGAGAGCACACAGUUCAGGGAAUACUGCAGGGCAGGAAAUGCAGAGGGAUGCAUGUUGUCAUUCCAACAAGUGAAGAAAGAAUAUGCAGCUUUGAGAAAGAAACUUGAGCAUUAUUUUCAGCUAGCCAGACAAGCUGGACCCGCGGAGACAGCAUGUCGCCCAGCUAGGAACUGAUGAGGAGCAAGAAUGACCAAUGGAGCUAUUAUUUGAGUUGGUUUGAGUUGGGUUCCCAACCACUAUGGAAGGGCUUCAUAGAUUUCUUUCCUAGGUCUUAGCUAGGUGCCCUGUCUUAUGAGUUAACUAUGUUACUUAUAAUAUUUCAGUUUUUGGUUU